AUGCGCGGGCCACCCCAGCGGUUCCGCGUGAUGCGGAACAAUGGCCCACGUGCUAGGCAGGGCUUGCGUGUCUGUGUCCAUCAGUGCCGCAGCCGGGACUGGGGGCGCGGAGGGCAGCACGGCCGCGGGCGGGAACGGGGCAUCGGCGGUGGCAAGAAGCGGCGGGGAGACUCCUCGCAGCAGCUCGGACGCAGAGGGCUGCGGCGGAGCCGGCACGGCCCGGGACGGGACGGCGAGCAGCGGCGGCGCGGCGAACAACGGAGGCGCUCCGGGGGGACCGGGGGCGGGAGGCUGGGCUGCCGCCGCGGGCGCGGAGGGAGGCACGGCUGUGGGCGCGGCGGCCGCAAACGUAGGGGUCUGUGCGGGCAUGAGCGGAGCCGCUGGGGCGGCGGGACCAGGGGGUCGGCCGGAGCGGCGGCGGGAAGGGGGGAGGGCGCCGUUUCCAACACGGGAACAGCCGCGGCGAACACCGGGGCUGGCGGCGGGCGGUGCGCCAGGGCACUAACCGCGGCCGGGGUUGCGGUGUUUAGCGCAGCUUCUACGAGGUCCCGCGCAGCCGCGCUGGGACAAGGGAGCGCCGCCGGAUCGCCGGGGCUCGGAAACCUCGGCGAAACACCGGGACAGGGGAACCGCGCUGGAACGCCUGGACCAGGAAAUUGCUCUGGAGCCCCGGGGGGGACAAAGGGAGCAGCGGGCACGUGCACAGGGUGCGCCGGGGGAGGGGAAGCAGCGCGGCGCCGAGGAGGACACGUGGUGGUUGCGGCCGCGGCCAGGGGAGGUGGGAUGACAGCAGCUGGCAGAGUCGUGGGUGGGUAG